GAGAGCAUGCACAAAAGUUCAGUGUACGCACAAACAAAAAGAAGAAAAACAACCAAUGGUUAAUCCAAUUGGAGGCGCAUUUCCAUCUAGAGAGUACACAACGAAAACCAAUUUAUGUAAAUUCACAGUAUUCAUCUUGUCAGGCAACUUUUCCCUGCUACCCAAACAAAAUCAUCGCACGUGCAUAAAACGUCAAACUACAUUCUUGAACACGUAGUUUAGUGAAUUACAAAAUAAAAUUAUACAAAAAGUUAACUUAAUCACAACUUGGUCAAAGGAAGAACACGAAUACAGAAAAGGAAAAAAUGAUUGGGUACUAUUCAUUGAAUUUAUGUUAGCUAUAUGAGUACGAGAAAAUCGUAAUUAACAAAAAAUCUCUUUGUUGGUCAAAUUAUUGAUCAAAUAGAAAAAGACCACGGAAAAAGAAAUCUUUGAAAUCAUGUCUGAAUAAGUUGUCACCGACAAAUUGACGACUUACUUUUCAAACAAACAACUAAAUUUGAAACAUCAAAAAAUUGGUAUCUGGGACACAUCCCAUAUAAAGGAAACCGAAAGGAAAAACUCGAAGGAAACAAUUCAAUAGUAAAAAUGAAAAGAGUGAUUGAAAAUAGUGAUUGAAAAUCGCCGAUUGAACCCAAUUUCUUUAUCGGAACAAAGAAAUAUCUGUUGAGAUUUGAACUUGACUUGUUUAAGUUAAGCAAACCUUGAAAUUAAAAAAAAACGGGAGUUUAGUGAUAUUAAAUGCAUGCGAUACGUACAAUUUGGACGACGGAAAAUUUGAUGAUAACUAUGUAUCAACAUUCGUUAAUAUGUAUUUUGAAUAUGCGAAUAAUAUUGAUAAUUUUUUAUGUGAUUAUUUGUGGUAUCAGUGAAAUUGCAGCAAUAACAGGAGCAACCUCCUCAUUCACACAAAAAUUAUCAUCUCUAAUGCCUUCUCAAAAUUUAACACAUCUUUCGAUCAAUGAAUUUUCGGAAAUUGAUAAUAUGAAUGAAAAUUAUGCUAUCCGAGCUCGUCCAACAAAGAAUUUAAAUGUACAACAUCAUAAUCAUCAUUACAGUUAUAGCGAUUAUUAUCAACAAAAAAAAAUAAAAAAAAAACGGAUUGUACCACAUCAUAUCGAGGAUCAUAAACAUCUGCACAAUUUGAAUGGGGUCAAUGAUAAUAUUGUCGAAUGGAUGAAAAAUAAAAUAAAAAAUCCACCCAAGACACGACGAAGGCAUGAAAAACGAUGGGAUCGAUCCCAUCAUAAUUAUUAUCAGUACCAACCUCUUCAAGUGCAUCAUCAGCAGAACUAUUAUGGCAACAAUGAUAAUAUUUCAGCAAAAUUACGGGCCGAGUUGGAAAUACAAUCGUCGUCUCGAAAAUAUGUUUCCAAUGAAACGGAAAAUCUAGCCAUAAAUUGGCCGGUGAAAAAGGAAGCGAUAGUGGAAGGUGACGUGGUUUUGGGCGGAUUAAUGAUGGUACAUUCACGUGAAGAAUCAUUGAUGUGCGGAUCAAUAAUGCCACAAGGAGGCAUUCAAGCGCUCGAAGUAAUGCUUUAUACAUUGGAUCGUAUUAAUGAAAUCGGAUUGUUACCAAACUUCACCUUGGGUGGACUAAUACUUGAUGACUGUGAUCGAGAUACCUACGGUUUGGAAAUGGCUGUGGAUUUUAUCAAAGGUAUGUCUAUUAUUGUCCCACUGUAUCUCUCAAAUCAACGAAACACUACCAACUUCAAACAACAAUGGCGCUUAUAA